AGAAUUCAUACUGGAGAAAAACCGUACAAAUGUAAAGAAUGUGGCAAAGCCUUUAACCAAUCUUCAACCCCUACUACACAUAAGAGAAUUCCUACAGAAGAGAAGCCCUACAAAUGUGAAGAGUGUGGCAAAGCUUUUAAACAAUCUUCAAACCUUACUAAACAUAAGAAAAUUCAUACUGCAGAGAAAUCCUACAAAUGUGAAGAAUGUGGCAAAGCUUUUAACCAACUCGCAAACCUUACUAGACAUAAGCUAAUUCAUACUGGAGAGAAACCCUACAUAUGUGGAGAAUGUGGCAAAGCCUUUAACCAGUCCUCAACUCUUACUACACAUAAGAUAACCUAUACUGGAGAGAAUCCCCACAAAUGUAGAGAAUCUGGCAAAAUUUUUCACCUAGCCUCAAAACUUACUACACACAAGAAAAUUCAUACUGAAGAGAAACUCUACAAAUGUGAAGAAUGUGGCAAAGCUUUUAACCGAUCUUCAACCCUUACUACACAUAAAAUAAUUCAUACUGGAGGGAAACCCUAUAAAUGUGAAGAAUGUGGCAAAUCCUUUAACCUAUCUUCCAACCUUACUACACAUAAAAAAAUUCAUCUUGGAGAGAAACCCUACAAAUGUGAAGAAUGUGGCAAAGCUUUUAACCGAUCUUCAACACCUACUACACAUAAGAUAAUUCAUACUGAAGAGAAACCAUACAAAUGUGAUGAAUGUGGCAGAGCUUUUAACCAAUCCUCAAAACUUAAUGAACAUAAGAACAUUCAUACUGGAGAGAAACCUUACAAAUGUGAAGAAUGUGGCAACUUUAACGAAUUCUCAACCUUUGCUAAACAUAAGAUGAUUCAUACUGGAGAGAAACCAUACAAAUGUAAUGAAUGUGAUAAAGCUUUUAACCGAUCUUCAACCCUUUCUACACAUAAGAUAAUUCAUACUGGAGAGAAACCCUACAAGUGUGAAGAAUGUGGAAAAGCUUUUAACCAGUUCUCAACCCUUACUACGCAUAAGAUAAUUCAUACUGGAGAGAAACCCUACAAGUGUGAAGAAUGUGACAAAGCUUUUAAUCAAUCAUCAAACCUUACUGAACAUAAGAAAAUUCAUACUGGAGAAAAAUCCUACAAAUGUCAAGAAUGUGGCAAAGCUUUAAACCGAUCUUCAAACCUUACUAAACAUAAGAAAAUUCAUACUGGAGAGAAACCCUACAAAUGUGAAGAAUGUGGAAAAGCUUUUAACCAAUUCUUAAACCUUACUACACAUAAGAAAAUUCAUACUGGACAGAAACCCUACAAGUGUGAAGAAUGUGGCAAAGCUUUUAACCAAGUGUCAACCCUUACUAUACAUAAAAGAAUUCAUACUGGAGAGAAACCUUACAAAUGUGAGGAAUGUGGCAAAACUUUUAAUCGAUCCUCAAAACUUACUACACAUAAGAAAAUUCACACAGAGAAACCUUACAAAUGUGAAAAAUGUGGUAAAGGUUUUAACCAGUCUUCAAUACUUUCUACACGUAAGAUGACUCAUACUGGAGAGAAACCUUAAAAAUGUGAAGAAUGUGGCAAAGUUUUUAACCGAUCUUCAAACCUUACAGGACAUAAAAAAAUUCAUAUGAGAGAGAAAUCCUACAAAUGUGAAGAAUGUGGCAAGGCCUUUAACCAGUCCUCUACUCUUACUAAACAUAAAAUAAUUCAUACUAGAGAGAAACUCUACAAAUGUGAAGAAUUUGGCAAAGCUUUUAACCUAUUCUCAAACCUUACUGCACCUAAGGAAAAUACUGAAGAGAAACCUUAGAUAUGUGAAGACUGUGUCAAAGCUUCUAACCUAUACUCAACCCUUACUACACAUAAGGCAAUUAUAUUUGAGAGAACCCUGCAAAUGUGAAGAAUGUGGCAAUGCUUUUAAACUGAACAUAAAAGAAAUACUGGUGAGAAAUCCUAAAAAUAUGAAGAAUGUGACAAAGCCUUUAAAUGGUUGUCAUACUUGAUUGUAG